GCGGCGGCGGCCGGGCGGGGCUGAGGCGCUCCCGCCGCCCGCAGGUACCGGAGGGUCCGGCAGGGCACCGGGCCCGACCGUGACCCCGAUCCCGCUGCGCCCGCGAUGCGGCCCGGCGCCCCCAGCCGCCCGCGGUGAUCCGGGCCCGCGACGAUCCGGGCCCCCGCCGGGCCGGGCCCCGCCAUGCUGCGGCGGCUGCUGGAGCGGCCCUGCACCCUGGCGCUGCUCGUCGGCUGCCAGUUCGCCUUCGUCGCCUACUUCUCCCUGGGCGGGUUCCGCAACCUCACCUCCCUCUUCGGCCGCGCCGCCGGGCCCGUCUUCGACUACUCGCGCACCCAGGACGUGUACGCCAACCUGAGCCGGCUGCUGCCGCGCCAGCCCGCCCGCCCCGACCCCGCGCAGCCCCUGCCCUUCUGCCCCCAGCGCUCGCCUCUGCUCGUCGGGCCACUGACUGUGAGCUUCAGCCGGGUGCCCACGCUGGAGCAGAUCCAGAUGAAGAACCCGGCGGUGCGGGAGGGCGGCCGGUACCAACCUGCCACCUGUGAGCCCCGGUCCCGCACCGCCGUCAUCAUCCCCCACCGCAACCGCGAGACCCACCUGGGCCACCUCCUCUACUACCUGCACCCCUUCCUGCAGCGCCAGCAGCUGCAGUACGGCAUCUACGUCGUGCACCAGGCAGGCAACUCCACCUUCAACCGUGCCAAGCUGCUGAACGUGGGGGUGAAGGAGGCGCUGAAGGACGAGGAGUGGGACUGCCUCUUCCUCCAUGAUGUCGACCUCAUCCCUGAGAACGACCAUAACCUCUACACCUGCGAUCCCUGGAACCCCAAGCAUGUCUCCAUUGCCAUGAAUAAAUUCGGGUACAGCCUGCCGUACCCCCAGUACUUCGGGGGGGUCUCAGCUCUCACCCCUGACCAGUACAUGAAGAUCAAUGGUUUCCCCAACGAAUACUGGGGCUGGGGCGGUGAGGACGAUGACAUCGCCACCAGGGUGCGCCUGGCUGGCAUGAAGAUUGCCCGCCCGCCCAUCUCCAUCGGCCACUACAAGAUGGUGAAGCACAAGAGUGACAAAGGCAACGAGGAGAACCCCCACAGGUUCGACCUGCUGAUCCGCACACAGCGGAUGUGGACACAGGAUGGGAUGAACUCCCUCACCUAUGUACUGCUGGCCAAGCACCUCCACCCACUCUACACCAACCUCACAGUGGACAUUGGGAUGGACCCUCGUGCUGGGAGGGGCCGCAGGGGGCCAGUACCGGGCCACGAGGGACAGAGGUACCGCAGCAGCACCAGCCUUUUCCGGGAAGAGAUGCUGCGCAAGCUGCCCCGGGAUGCUGCAGGGUGGGGGGGCAAGGAGAUAUCCCUGUCCCCCCAGCUGCCCACAGCCACCCUGCAGCAGCCACUGGCAGGUAAUGGCACCCAGGGUGGCACCAGCUCCCCACCGGCACCAGGGAUCACCCAGCACAGCCCCGAGGCUGCUGGGGAGGGUGAUGCACACCUGGGGGGCAGUGCAGGCAUGGCUGUGGCACAGGAGAAGACCCUGCCUGCCCAUGGGGACAACCAGAGCCUGCUGCAGGGUGCCCACUAGCCACUGGCUACUGUGGACCCCACAUGGACUCUUGCUUGCUGUGACCCAGCACCAGGGUGCACAGGGUGGAGGAGCUGCAGCCAGGCUGGUCGUGCUGUGGCCUUGCUGGAGAGACUCAGGGGAGUGAGCCCUAGUGCCAAUCACAUAGGGAGCUGCUGGCCAUGGGGCCGGUGCCUGGUGCUGGGGGGCACCCCCCAGGAAGGGUUGCAGGCAGAGCUGGGGUGAACCAGGGGCUUGCCUGGCCCCAUCUCCCUGAGGGCCAUGGGUGCCCAAAGAUGGUCACAGGCUGUGCUGCCAGCACACGGUUAUUUAUUCUAUUUAUGAGCUGCUCCCUGGACCUUUAUAAGGGUUUUUCAAUAAAAAAGAAACCACUUUGUCCUAUG